CUCUUCAUGAUUUGCAUUUUACCCACACCCAACCUUAUGGCAAAAACUCCCUUCCUCAUCCCUCUUAUGUUUCUCCUGUUAUUUGCAACCUUCAGGGCUACUCUGUCGGCCAACAUCACCAUUGAUGAAUUCGCCCUUUUAGCCUUAAAAUCCCAUAUAACUCAUGAUCCGCACAACCUCCUAGCAACCAGCUGGUCCACUUCUGUAUCUGUUUGCAAUUGGAUUGGUGUCACUUGUGGAUCCAGACACCACAGAGUCAUUGCUCUGAAUUUGUCAAGUAUGGAUCUCACGGGCACCAUUCCAUCUCAAUUGGCAAAUUUAUCUUUCCUUGGCUGGCUCGACAUUCAUAACAAUAGUUUCCAUGGCUCUUUACCUACCGAGUUAACUAAUUUGCAUCGGCUGAAAUAUUUGAACUUUGGUAGCAACAGCUUCACUGGUGUUAUCCCAUCUACUUUGGGCAAUUUGUCAAAAUUAGAAAGGCUGGUCUUGCAUAGCAACGAUUUCAAAGGGCAGAUUCCUAUAACAAUUGGAAAUCUAUCAAACUUGGAACAGUUAUAUCUGGAUUAUAAUUCUUUUUCAGGCUAUCUAGAGUCGAAAAUAUUCGAUAGCCUUUCUAAUUUGCAAGAAUUAAGGUUGGAUGGUAAUCAGAUUUCUGGUAGCAUUCCCAGCAGUUUAUACAAGUGCAAAGAGUUGAGGUAUAUAUCAUUGUGGAACAACUCUAUGGAAGGAAGUAUACCUAUAGAAAUCGGAAAUUUGACGAUGCUCCAAUCUUUGUAUCUUGGUUACAACAACUUCAAAGGUGAAAUUCCAUCUGUUAUUGGAAACCUUACUUCUCUUAAGCAUAUUGGCCUUUCUCAUAACAACUUCUCAGGUGAAAUUCCAUCGAUUAUUGGAAAUCUUACUUCUCUCGAAAGGAUUUACCUUUCUAAAAACAACUUAAAAGGUUCUAUUCCUUACUCAAUCUUCAACAUUUCCUCGUUGCAAGAGAUUUCACUGGGAUACAACAAUCUCUUUGGUUAUUUCUCUUCCGAUAUGUUUGAUUAUCUUCCUCGAUUACAUUAUCUUAAUUUGGAAUAUUGUCAACUUUCUGGAAGAGUUCCAAUGAGUUUAUUCAAAAACAAAGAGUUAAACUUUUUGUUUUUGGAUAGUAAUAAUUUGGAGGGAAUUGUGCCAGUAGAAAUCUCAAAUUUGACUUCACUCAAGUAUGUCUCUAUCGAAGAUAACUACUUAUCAGGAAAAAUUCCAUCAGUUAUUGGAAACUUGACUUUUCUCGAGGAAUUUGAACUUUCUGAUAAUAACUUAACAGGCCAAAUUCCUCCCUCAUUAUGCAAUCUGAGUUCCCUUAAGGUUCUCUUCUUAUACAAGAAUAGUUUGGAUGGAGAAAUUCCUGAUUGCAUUGGAAACAUGAGUUCUCUUUCACACAUUGACCUAGAGAAGAAUAAUUUUCAUGGUAAAAUACCAGAAAAUUUUGGUAAGAGUUGCACCUUACACAGUUUUCGAAUCAGCAACAACCAAAUAGAAGGGUCACUGCCACGAUCUUUGGGUAAUUGCAAAGAGUUGAAGCUUCUCGACGUUGGGAACAACUAUUUGAAUGACACAUUCCCAAAUUGGUUAGGAAAUUUGGAUCAACUGCAAGUGCUUAUCUUGAGAUCGAACAGAUUCUAUGGUGAAGUGGUUAGCUCAGGAGUUACAGUUUCCUUCACUCGUUUACGUCUCAUUGAUAUUUCUCAUAACAAUUUCAGUGGCUAUUUACCUAUGAAAUAUUUUGAAAAUUUGCAUGCCAUUAAAGAAGGGAAUGGAAAAAAAGAUAAACCAGAGUACAUGACAGAUGGAUCAGCAUUGGGAGUGUGGAAUUAUGCCAUCAACAUAUCUUUUAUAAUAAAAGGGUUGGAAACAGAGUUUGAGGAACUGCUAACUAUAUGGACAGUUAUUGAUUUUUCCAGCAAUCAGUUCUACGGAGAAAUUCCUAAAACACUUGGAGAGCUUCACUCACUUAUUGUCUUGAAUCUCUCUCAUAAUUGUUUAACAGGUCAUAUUCCAUCAUCAUUAGGUGAUAUAUCAGAGCUUGAAUCAUUAGAUCUCUCAUCAAACAAGCUCCAUGGAAGAAUUCCAACAGAGUUGAAAAAUCUUGGGUUCUUAGCAGUGUUGAACCUUUCUCAGAAUAAUCUUGUGGGGCUCAUUCCUCAAGGCAAACAAUUCGAUACUUUCACAAAUGAUUCCUACAUAGGAAACCUGGGUUUAUGUGGAUUGCCAUUAUCAAAAAGUUGUGAUAAUGAAAAGGGAACUCCAGCCAAGUUUGAUAGAGAUGAUGAUGAUGGAAUGAACUGGAAAUUUUCAAUAUUGAUGGGGUAUGGAUGUGGGUCGGUGCUGGGACUGAGUACGGGAUACAUUGUAUUCGCAACUGGAAGACCACGGUGGUUCAUUAAGAUCUACGAGAGAGUUCGACAAAGAUUUGCAAAAAGGGUAAAAAAGAGAAGUCGUUGACGGAUUUUUGUUGCAAAACAAGCAGUGGACUGGACAG